AAAACGUCAUGGCGAAGUCUGUCACAUGAGCUGUUGUCGCUGGUAAAGUGGUUUCGAUAUAUUUCUGUAAUCUCUUGGGAAAAUGUCAGUCAAAGCCUUCUACACAGAGUAACUAAGUACAUGCUAUGUGAUUCAUAGGAGCAGUUUCAGGACUUCUGAAACAACUUAAUCAAAGAGCACAUCAUGUCUGAUGAUCGUAACAUGGAGGAAGUUCCUGGGAAAGAGAAAGAUGCUCUGGAGGGAACAAGUGGAGAAAACAUGAGAGAAAAGGAUGAUGACUUUGAAUCAAGAGCAGCUGUUGCAGAAGCAACUGAUUCAAACAAGUCAGACAAAGAUAAACCUGACUUUGCUUAUGAUAUGAAAGAAGAGGAUUCAUCCUUCACUGAGGAUGAAGACAAGAAAGGAAUGACUCAAGGUGAAGGUCAUGGGCAAGAUGUUGCUACAACCAAACCUGUUGUUCCAUCUUCAGAGGUAUUGGAACAGUUUGAACGUGGUGUCAGUGCUCCUCCAGGACCGAGUUCAGGGAAGAGUAAAGUUUCUGGAACCGAGGAGAAAGCCGAUGAUGGUAGUGCUCCUCCAGGAACGAGUUCAGGAAAGAGUGAAGUUUCUGGAACUGAGGAGAAAGCCGAUGAUGGUAGUGCUCCUCCAGGAACGAGUUCAGGAAAGAGUGAAGUUUCUGGAACUGAGGAGAAAGCCGAUGAUGGUAGUGCUCCUCCAGGAAAGAGUAAAGUUUCUGGAACUGAGGAGAAAGCCGAUGAUGGUAGUGCUCCUCCAGAAAUAAGUUCAGGAAAGAGUGAAGUUUCUGGAACUGAGGAGAAAGCCGAUGAUGGUAGUGCUCCUCCAGAAAUAAGUUCAGGAAAGAGUGAAGUUUCUGGAACUGAGGAGAAAGCCGAUGAUAUGCCUAUUCCAAGGGAGUUUGAACCACUGUGGGGAAUUCUCUCUCAGAUUCCGAAGAAGGCUCAGCGAGGUCUCCUGAUGCAGUGUGACCUCAUUUUGACCUGUGUGUCAGUGGAUGAAUCAUACAUUGCGUUGGGGACGAACAUUGGCCUGAUAUUUCUCUAUGAUAGAAAAAAACACUCUAUGGAAAGACUGAAGACUGAUACUCCCAGCGAUGUUGUCACCUGCAUCCAGCUGCAUCGUGGAAUAGACUACCAGCUGGCCGUUGGCAUGGCAUCAGGUGCUGUGUGUAUGUUCAUGCUGCCGUCAAUGAUGACAGGCCUCAACAAGCAGCUUCAGAAGUUCCAUGUGAAAGACAUGCACCGUUCCUACCUGACAUGUGUGGAGUGGAGCACUAACGGCAUGAAGCUGUUCUCUGGGGACAAGAGUGGUACAGUCGUCACCACUGAAGUGGAUUUCUAUCAGGGUCAGUGUAAGUCCACCAUCCUCCUGAUCGAGACACACACAGAAAUCAUCCAGCUCCACUACGACCACAAGGUCCUACUUGUGUCCACCAAACAACGGUCACUUAUCUGUCGCCUUGACGACAGGGAUCGCCUUAUUCAAGUUGGACAACAGGACAGAAAACUCUUGGGGGGAUUUGGUGCGUGUUUCAUUCCUGGGCUGUGUAAAGUCAGUGAUGCACAGUUGUAUGCUUCAAGGCCAGGAUGUCGGUUGUGGAAAGCAGACGUAAACGGAACUGUCAAAAACACAUUCUUGUUUAAGGAUCUUGUUGGCAGUUCUAAUCCAGACAUUCCUCUUUUUAAAAUGGAGAAGAGCAUGGGUUCACAGGAACCCCAGUUCGGUAAACUCUACAUCUAUCGUUCCAAUCAGCUCUUGACUUGGACUCCUCUUGGAAUGUUUAUCCUUGACCCUGAAUCAAACGCGAUUAUUGCCGGGACUGAUCGGCUGGGCUACAUUGCCGAUGUCUCUGUGUGUAAUGAUGAGAUUUUUGUGCUCAGACGGAAUGUGGAAUGCAGUCUCAUCAGGAUCGCAGAGAAAGCUGAAGUUCCAAUGGUUAAAAAUAUAUUGUCCUCCAUUCCGUCUCAAACGUCUGCUCAUUCCCCUUCUGCGUCUGCUUCAGCUGUCUCACGUGACAGUCAUGUGACUUCUGCCAACACUUCUAGUGGAAAAGCAGAGAAAGAAAGCAAACAUGUCUCUCCUGGAAGAUUUAUAAAGAAAAAUAUUUUGGGAAAAUUUAAGUUCUUGGAUCGUCCAUCCAGGGAAUCUGAUCUUCAGCAAGAAGUGUCUGUGAAACAGAUGAUUGAUGAUGAUGAUACGUGCAAAGAUGGACACAACUGUAGUGGCAAAGAAGCAAUAAUUACCUCCCCUGAUCUCCCACCAGUUGUGAAAAUUAACUCCCCUGAAUUAACGGCAUUGCAGGUUUAUGCAGGAAUCACAGGGUCACCGAUGUCACCUGAAGCAAGCCAUGACCUUUGUCAGAUUUCUACAUUCGAUGCACAAUCAGGGGAGUUAAUUUUGAAUGAUCCAGUACCACAAGGAAGAACCACUAGUGGUGAGCCACAAGGCUCUGAGAAUUGGAGGGAGGGAGAGGAUCACUUGUCCCUCAUCUCAGAGAGAAUCCAGGUUGGCAAGAAGGUAGACACUGGAGACAUUGUGUUUGCACCAAAAGCAAAGAAACAUAAAAAGAAGAAGCACAAAACAGAUAAGUCAGCAGUCAAGGAGGAGGAUGCGAUUAGCCAGAACUCUGACACAAGUCAAACCCUUGUUGAUGAAACGGCAGACACAAUCGAUGCAGUAGAGGAGACAACUCCAAGCCCUGUGGACACACUGGAGAUAGCAAAUGAAAUUUUGAAGAGGACAGCAGAGAUGUUGAAGAGUAAAUCAACUGAGGAAAAUGAUGAGGAAAAUGUCGAGGAACAGGGAUUUCAGGAUGGUAUGGACUCUCUAUCUUCCAUAGCCUCGGAGAAGACGAUGUCCCUCAACAAGACCCCAGAAACUGCAACACCAUCAAGUGAAGGGUCUGAGUUCAACCCUGCCAAUGUGCCCUAUACUUACAAUGUAGAUGAGAAAAGUCUGCCUGAUGUCAACAACACCGACUACAAGAUUCACCGUCUGGGGAAAAUGGCCCGUGAGCUGUCAUCUGGUUAUGGUACUGAUCCUGCUCCAAGUGUAUCCGAUGUCAGUGGAAGAGAUCAGUCUCUCAGCUCAGGUGUUUUGUCUCCUGUGUCACCUUCCUCCGACCCCCUGAGAAGCAAAAGCAAUCUCUACAUGACCUCUGACACCUCAACGGAAGACUUCUACAAGAAAUACAUGUCUCAAUCAUCUAUUGACUCCAACAUCACCAGCCCAAGUGGUGUGAAACAGUCCUCCCCGGAACCAGAAUCAGACCAGGCCUCUCCUGAAGAUGUUCCACCUCCUGCCUCAGUAGCAGCUUUGGGAGCAGAUGAUAAGGUGGCAGCCGGAACUCUUCUCAAACUGGCCAACAGUUGGUCAGAAAUCAUCACACCAACCAAUGUGUACAGCUUGGUGGUGUCUGAGACGCACAUCUGGUUUACUGACAAGAGCGAGAACAUCUACUACAGCUCUCUGAGUGGGGUCAAGGGGGUUGUGUGGCGGAAGGCAAGCGGUCAGGCCAAGCAGAUUGCAGUGUCCAGCAGUGGCUCCAUCGUGUGGCGACUGCAGAAGUCCACAGUGUAUGCCGGAACCAAGCUGAGUUCUCGACGUCCCGAGGGGCUGAAAUGGGUGGACGCUGUGAAGGAUGUCAGCUACAUCAGUGUGGACGACAACUGUGCUUGGUAUAUCAAGACCAAUGGUGAUGUGAUGAUGCAGAAAGGUUUGUCUGCGGAGCGGCCGUGUUUCAAGUCCCUGAAAGUUGACGGCAAUGAACGUCUGAAGUUGAUCAUGUGUCGUGGUCAUGUGGUGUGGGGUAUUACUGAGAACCACAAGGUCGUGUACAGGUCAGGGGUCACUGAAGCUUGUCAGGAGGGAACAGAAUGGAAGAAAUGGAGUGCUGCAGACGACAUACUGUUUUCACACAUCACUCUUGGAGACGAAGGAACUGGAUGGGGUGUGGAUGUUGUCGGCCGCAUCUGGUUCUGUUGCAAUAUUACCAUGGCAGCACCUUGUGGAGAUGGGCACUGGUGGCAGGUGCCCAUGAGCGAGUAUUUUGUCCAGGAUGCCACAGCACUUGAUACCCUGAAAUCCCUGGCCAGCAAGUUUGACCCCCAGAAAUUAUCUUACUUACUGAGCACCAGUCGAGGAGGGCUGAUUACUGCUGGGCCCCAGGGAGUGUGGGUGUGCCUUGAGUACAAGAACAUCCUCCAUGUCUGCAGAGGCAGCUUCCAGGGCUACAGAUGGGAAGAUGCCCACCCACUUGGCAUGGUUGCCAGUGCCACAUGGAAGACUGUGUCUGCAAAUGUGGCGGAUCUAGACUGGGGCCUGGUAUGGGCCCAGCAGCCAAACCAGGAGCUGUAUGUGUUCCCUGCCAACACCAGGAAAGCCACACUCAUUUCUCCGUCACCAAUGUUCAAGUCCAUGCAUGCCGGACCUAUUGCUGUGUGGGGACUGGACAACGAUGGCAAUGUGUGGGUGAGGGCUGGGAUGGGCCCCUACUGUCCCCAGGGGGCCACGUGGGCAGAGCUGGACCUGUCACAGCUAGGUGACUCCCAGCUGAUACACGUCAGCUGCAACAGUCAGUACGUGUGGACCGUGGACUGCAAUGGUUGGGUGUACCAGCGUAUCGGCGCCAAGGCUCCAACAGACCAGCAGCUGAGUCCUGCCUGGCUCCCCAUCGACUCCUUCUCCGAGAUCACCUUCACCCAGGUCGUCACGGGGCCGCUGGAGUGGAUGGUAUGGGCAAUUGACAACCGUCGUCUUGGUUAUGUGAGACAGGGAAUUACAGAUCGGAUGCCAAUUGGCCGAGAGUGGGUACAUGUUCCAGGUACCCAGAUUACUGAGCUGACCGUGACAAAGACGGGGGUUUGGGCCCUCAACCCCCACGGAGAGGUCCUCUACCGCUACGGCAUCUCCCGGGACAACCCGUGUGGCAACUACUGGAAGAAAGUCCCUGGGGUCUUCGCACAUCUGUCAGCAUCUCCAACAGAUGACCUAUGGGCAAUCAGUCGGGAGGGGCACCUGCUCCAGUGUCGCACCAAGUACUUCCAGCGUCGGCAGAUAUCUAACGACCCCCUGCUACACCGAACAUUGUCUGGGGGUAGUGAGGGGGAGGGGGAAGGGGAAUGGGAGCUGGUGUAAACCACCCCCUUACACCUUUGCACCUAUACACAGACCAGGGAUAAAGGGUUACCCUCAGAUUUACUGUUACUGUCUCAUGUCAAGUCUUUGUUUAGCUGACGGUGGUGGGUGGUACAGUGGCUAAUGUGUUCGUGUUUCCACAAGAUCCGUGUUUGAUUCUUUACCUGGGAGGUCCCAAGUUGGUAUGGCUGUAGAACCCUGACUGGAUUUCAUAAAAGCCAAAGAGGCAACCAACGGGAACGUUAACAUAAUGUCUGGCUCGCUGGUUUGGGUGAUGCAUGUCAUCGUGUCCCAGUUGAGUAGAUCGAGUCAUCCUGAUGUCAGUCACCAGAUUGUCUGGCCAUGGCUAGGUUAUUUACAGACUCCACUCAUAUAGCGAAACUUUAAACUGACCUGACUCUAUUCUAUGUUAAAUGGGACCCAGGCUCAGAGCCUGAUAAGAAGAUGACUACAGUGGUAAAGAAUUCCAGUACAUUGACUUUGUCUCACCGUAAACUGUUGGUGAAGGAUUGGUCGGAGAACGAUGAGAUUAAUUGAUCAUCACUUAACUAACUGAGACAAGCAGUUGUUACAAUACACAGCCGGUGAUUCAUGUGAUACCAAGUUCCUCAUUAUGUAUUGAAUGUUUUUAGUUGAAUCUAUGUAUUUCAAUCUUUAGAUGUUGAGGCUUUAUGUAUUGAAUAUUAGACGUAGAUUCUUUAUAAUCCAGCAAGCACGCCAUGGCAAUAGACAUCCACAUGUCAGUGUCCCUGGGAAGAGAAGAUGCCUUCUGACAAUACUCAUUAUAUGCCUUUACAAAGUUGAUGUCUAUCCAAGUUGUUGAGUAAAGCUUUCAGUGUAUUGGACAUGCUAACUACAAAGGCUUUUUCAUCUUUUCUAGAUCACAAUAUUUCUACAAUUUGUAAAUAAUUAUGUAUGAGUAUAUAUGUGAGCAUUUGCAAAUCCUGUCUCAAGAAUAUAAAGAAAUGGCACUUUUCUUUGGCCAUCUUCUUGACAUGGACUAGUCGUCCAUGGAUUUUGAAAACAAUUCUACAUAAUUUCUGUAUGGAAUCAAACUUUCAUUGAUACUUGAUAUUUCAAUUGGUCAAAGGACAGUAGGAUAGUGGUGAAUGUGUUUGCUUUUCCCAGGAGACCCAGGUUCAAUUUCCCACAUAAGGUGUGUAAAUAAAUAUGUGAAACCCAUUUCUGGUGCUGCCCAUCAUGACAAUGUUGGAACAUUGCAAAAAAGUGGCAUAAGACAUACUCACUGAUUUCAGUUAGUCAAAUAGCUCAUGAUGACUCCUCGGAGACUAACAGAACAUAUUAGUGGUUAGUAUUGAACAAUGGCGUUUACUGUACAUCCAUACUUAUGGAUGAAUAGUUAUAUAAAAAAACUUGUCCAGAUACAUUAUCUAUAUAUUAUAUACCCAGCCAGGAUUAUCAUAUGACAGUGUGGACCAUUAUUUAUAGGUAAUGUUGAUUCCAAGCCUCUCAAGGUACAUGGGGUGGAAUUCUUCAAUAACAUAUAUACUGAAUAGGAUAGAAUUUGAAGCUACUGGGAUAAAACCUUUCCACUUGCCAUGUGAUCUUUAUCAAGCUCUUCUGUAAUUGCUCAUCUUCACAUUUGACACUCCACGGGUAAGAGCAUACUUAGAGGGCAUUUAUAGGUGGUUGUAUGUUUUGAGAGCAUUAUAAGGAGCAGUUCUGUGCAUACACAUGUGUAUGUUUAAUGAGCUGUAGUUAUUUCAAGCACUUGGAGUUGUUAUGUAUAUUUGUUUUUGUAUAUCUGAUUUAUGUUAUAAUGUUAUGUGGUGGAAGGUAAUAUAUUGCUGAGAUGUUUGUUGAUAGAAAAUUGAGUUAUCAGGUUAAAUUUGGAUAAAGCAGUGCAAUAGUCUCACGAUUCAUUUCGAUUUACAAAUGAUUUGUUUAUAUACUUGAGUUUUCCUUCUGCAUAGUAGUUUGUUUAAAAGGCCAGUUGACAUGCUGGCUGCCAUGUACAUGUGAUCUUGUUAUCUUUACAUUAUUUCUCUGUAGAUUAUAUAUAGACCUUGCUAAAAUAUAUGGACUGUUGAAGAUAGGUUUUAAUUCUUCGCGAUACCCUUUGACAUAAGACAAUGUAACUAUCUAAAGACUGAAGUGGCCUUAUUCAUUGUAAUUGA